AUGUUCAACGGUAUGAUUGUUAUUGCAAUUGCAUUAUUUAUCCAAUUACAUAAUGUAUAUGCUCAAAAUGCAUGUACAGCAGUAGCAUUAGCAGCUUGUGGUCAACGUCCAUGUAUUCAAACGGGUACUGAGUAUUCAUGCCUUUGUUCAAACAUGCAAUUGGCACAAAGUGCAGCACAAUGUAACAUCAUUAAUCCUAUUGUAACACAACCUCCAAUUGUUUUUCCGAAUCAAUGUGGAAAUGCUGUAUGUCCUCCUGGUGCUACAUGUAUACCAACAAAUCAAAAUCCACCACUUUAUGUUUGCGUUUGUGCAAAUAAUGUUAUUGCUAAUCCUACUUGCCCAACAACUCUACCGAAUAAUCCAUGUCUAUUAAAUCCAUGUAUAAAUGGCGGUACUUGUGUUGUUAAUCAACUUACACUUCAAGCUGUUUGUGUCUGUCCACAAAAUACUUAUGGUCGAAAUUGUGCGACUUAUUAUCCUUCAGUGGGUCAUCAUAAUAAUUGGUGUUAUAAUGGCGGUCGACAUAUUAAUGCAUAUGGUCAACCAUAUUGUACGUGUCCAUAUCAUUAUCGUGGUCGUCGUUGUGAACUACAAUAUAGUCCUUAUAACUAUGUCUACUUAUAUCAGUAUCCUCAACAAUAUGGUAAAUAA